UCAUUUGGUUGUGGUGUCAUGAGACUUGUUUACACACAGGGAAGUAGGAGGAGGAUCCCGCUUAUCUCUCAUUUUCACUCAAAAGUCCUCAAUUACUGACAUUAACAAGUGCUGAAACUUCAUUAAGCAUGUGUGCAGCAGCAGCAGCAGCAGGAGCUGGUGGCACCCGCAGCUACAACUUUAAAAUAGUUCUUCUGGGGGAAGGUUGUGUGGGCAAGACUAGUCUAGUGCUCAGAUACGUCGAGGACAAGUUUAAUGACCGUCACAUAACUACCCUGCAGGCUUCGUUCUUGACAAAGCGAAUAAAUCUGAGUGGUAAACGAGUUAACCUAGCUAUAUGGGAUACAGCUGGACAAGAGAGGUUUCAUGCUUUAGGACCUAUAUAUUACAGAGAAUCCCAUGGAGCUGUUCUGGUUUAUGAUAUAACAGAUGAAGAUUCAUUUCAGAAGGUCAAGAAUUGGGUGCGUGAAUUGCGAAGAAUGCUGGGAAAUGAUAUAUGCCUUGUUAUAGCAGGAAACAAGAUUGAUAUGGAAAAAGAACGGCACGUCUCCUUGGAAGAGGCAGAGGCGUAUGCACAGGAAGUUGGUGCUUUCCAUUUCCAAACUUCAGCUAAACAGAAUAAAGGCGUGGAGGAAUUAUUUAUAGAAUUGACCCGCAGGAUGUUAGACAAUGCUGUAACAAAUGAUCAACAGAGGAUCAACUCGCUCACGAGAGGAGGAAACACUCGCAAUUUACAGAUCAUAGAUGACCAGGCAAAUCUUCCUUCACAAAAGUCUUCAUGUUGCAGUGCAUAAUCAGAUGAUUACUGAUGGCAUGUUUUCCAUAGAAUCUAUACUUUCUUAAGCUUAUGUCUUGGGUUUUCAACAGCUUCCUACUCAAGUGUCAACAAGUACAUGUAUUAAGUUAUUAUCGCUGAUUAGUCAUUAAGAUUAUCAAUAAUAAAUGUAAUGAAAACCAUAUGAAAACUACAGCAUAACAUGCAGCAGCAUUCUGGAAUAGUUUGAGAUGAACAGUUUUAUUUAAUUAAUCAACCCUUGGAUUGUCAUAUUAAUUAAAACAAGAUCUAAUUGCUUAUAUUCCUCUCAUUUAUUCUUAUGUUAUUGAUGUUGCACUACUGGCUAGUAACUGGCUGGGUGACCAGGUAGAUAUUCUAACUCUUAGACAUCAUUUUGCUUUGAACACAUUUUUGUCUCAGCAGUUCAUGACUGCAGUGGGCUACCAUAAUUAUGUAUAUUACACAGCAUACUGUAUAUACAGUACAUAUAUACACAUUUAUGCAUACAGUAUAUUCAUAAAAUAAACUCUCAGCUUUUUUAUUUAUUUUUUAUUUAACAAAAUUGAAUACAUCAGUAGUGUGCAUCUACCCCUUUCUGUAUGAUAAUUACACAUUAGGACCAAAAAAAUGAGGGUGGAGAGUUAGCAUUGGCACUCGUGGUUGAUUGAGAUGCAGUUGUUUAACUGCUGUUGUAACAACAGAAAAUUCUGAUAGCAAUGCACUUGGUUGUUUCUGAAUCAGUUGACCAAGUCAGUUUUGUCCCGUUACCAACGUUAGAUUACUUAAGGUCAGUUAGAUUGAGGGUUUACCGUAAAUCCACCUGGGCCCUCUGAUUUGACUUUAUAAGUUUUGAGUACCCAUUUUUCAGUACAGUUUGAGUCCAUCAGUGUUUACAUGUAUAUAUAUCUUAAUCAAAGCACCUUCAAAUAUGCUGCGAGUGGUAAAUUUUGGCUUAGACAUGAGAGAAAGGGUUUGUGCAUUAGGCGUGCAUAGUAUAUAAAAAAAAUCCUGCCCCAUGCAGUGCAUAAUGGAGACAGCAAACCUCUGACCUUGUGUUUGGUUUAAAAUAACAACUUUGAGGCAUUUUGAAAGGUUUUAUUAGCCAUUUCAUGGUGUCUGUUGAUAGACCUGAAGACAUGUCAGUGAAAUGAAAAUAAUUUUGGUCUAUUUCAGACAGAAGUGGUAGGGGCCUUCCCUACUGCCAUCAGUCUGUUACAUGGAUUUUUUCCUUCAAUUAUUGGGAUAGCCUAAACCAUUAUCAAUCAUUCCCGGUUAUGCUUUAUUAGCCGGAAAAUAAAGUGAACCUUUUGAUUUUUUGUGUGUGGUGAGGAGAAUGGGUUCAAAAUAAAGGCAAGCAUUAUAUUGAAGGGUCCUGGGAAUGUGAUUAAUGAACAGAAAGCUUGCUUUGGUGGCUGGAAUGUCCAGUGUUUAUUUUGGACUACUAUUAAGUUUGAAUGUUAGGUAAAAAUGGUGUAUUACUGACUUCUGAGUGCUGUAAUUGGUAGUUCUGAUAGUUGAAUGGGCAGUUUCUUGCACUUGUUUGAUAGAACACAAGGUAUACUAGUAUAAAAUUAGUCAGGAAUAGGGUUUGAACAAUAGAAGUGGCUUGAAAGUGGCCAAAAUCGUAGUUGUACAGAGUGCUUCCCAACCUCCAACUUUGCACUGUGUAAUUCUCUGAGUACUGCAUCAAAUUUUACAAUUUUACUGUCUUCAUCUAUAGAAAAAGAUUAUCAUUUUAAAAUAUACUUUUUUAUUAAAUUGUAACAAUGAUGGGAUUUAAUUUCAGGGGUCAAAAUAGUGAAAGGGUUAAAUGCCUUGAAACAAAACAGGGUUGGUGCACAUUACUGUAAAUUUUUCAUAAACCAAAGUACUCCAGUUAGCCACCAGCUCAAUGACCUGGUUUCAUUUGUUAUACGAGUUCUGAAGAAGUAAAUGUGUGACAUCAGAUCAAUGGGGCUUGAGAGUUUGUGUAAUAGAGAGUGCAAUAGAGCUGCCACAGGUAAUGAAUAUGA